CCACUGGGAAAUCAGUUGUAAAAAGUCAGUCGUGUCGAUCGUUUCCAGCAAUACAGUUUCAUUCCGACAAAAAUAAAUCUACUCCAGUGCCAUGUCAAGCUGACAAAAACAUCGCCGCCAUACAUCCAAAACAAAACAAAAACAAAAAACAGCUGAGCAGAACCUAAGCAAAACGGCGCGUGUGCGAAAUAGAGACACAAUCAAAAGCAUCUGAUAUACACACAACAAAAAAUUCACAUAUUUUAUAUAUACAAAAAAGUUUCCAAGCCAACGGAAAAUUUUUUUAGUGGCAUUCGGCAACGCGCGUUCGAACAAAGCAAUAGCAAAAACUAAAGCGCAAGCAACGUAAGAGCACGCAGCAUUUACGUCAUUUCAAAAGCAAAACUACACCGAACACAUCACAACGUGAUUUUCAUACGCAAAAUGAGCAGCAGCGUCUUGAGCAUGACCAGGCCAACAACUAACGGCAGCAGCUGUGCCACAGCAACAACAACAGCCACACUGCUCGCCCAGCAGCUCAACGCAGCGCUGGCCAACAAUGGCAAAAGCAGCACAGCAGCAGUCUCCACAACCGCACCGCACCCGCCGCAGCCAAAGCAACCGCUGCUGGCAGCCAAGAUCAUCAAGCAAUCGCAUGUCGUUUGCUUCGAUGUCGACUCCACUGUGAUCUGCGAGGAGGGCAUCGAUGAGCUGGCCGAGUACUGUGGCAAGGGCAGCGAGGUGGCACGUGUCACCAAGGAGGCCAUGGGCGGGAGUAUGACCUUUCAGGACGCCCUCAAGAUACGCCUCAAUAUCAUAAGGCCCACACAACAACAAGUCUCGGACUUUAUCAAGCAGCGUCCCAGCACGCUCAGUCGCAAUGUGAAGCGAUUUGUAGCGCAACUAAAAGCAGAUGGCAAGCAGGUGUUUCUGAUCUCGGGCGGCUUUGAUUGCCUGAUAGCGCCCGUCGCCGCCGAGUUGGGUAUUCCCUUGAGCAAUAUGUAUGCGAAUAAAAUGCUCUUCGAUUACAAAGGCGAUUACGAUAGUUUCGAUGUCACACAACCCACAUCGCGUUCUGGCGGCAAAGCCGAAGCGAUUGGCAUGAUACGCAAACGCUUAUCGACAACAGCAGCAGGAGAUGCCCCAUUGAUGAUUACGAUGAUUGGUGAUGGUGCAACGGACUUGGAAGCUGUGCCACCGGCAAACAAUUUUAUUGGCUUUGGCGGCAAUGUUGUGCGACCUGAGGUCUAUAGACGCGCCCAGUAUUACAUAACGGACUUUGAGCAGCUGAUGUGAGAGGGAGACAGGAGAGAGCGCAAGGCAGGCGCAUUGUCACCUCAGCGAAUUUAGUAUUGCAAACUCGGCGUGUUAUAGUUACUUUAUAAGCAGCAUUAAAUCUACAUAAAUUACAAA